UUGUGUAUUUUCGUUACAAUAUUUAUAUUGAAACGAAACGUUUAAUACGACAACAGUGUAUGAGAAAGUUCAUCGUGUGUCAUUUAUUUAGUUAAAUGAAAUAUGUACUUUAAGUAUAUUUUUGCAUAUAAACAUACUUUUUAACUAAAGUGGAUUUUUAUUCAAUUUUUAUAUAAUUAAUUUGAAUUUAUUUGCGUUGUAUUCACUCGCCAUACUGUCAAUCAGUCUAGUCUAUCUUGACAUUUGUGUGGUGUUUUGUUGCUGUUUGGAAAAGGAAUAAGAAGAGAUGUUUGUUUACAAGUUCUUUAGACGUCAAAAUAGUAUGACCCGUUAUAAACAGACAGAGUUCUCGGAAGAAGACAGUAGUUCGAUUGGUGGCGUACAGUUGAAUGAGCCCAGCAGUAGUACGGGAAUGCAGAUACGUUAUCAUACUGCUAGGGCAACAUUAAAUUGGCGCUCACGAAAUCGCGUAGAAAAAUGGUUAAUGAUUACUACAAUAUUUUUGUCAUUUAUAAUACUGGGCUUACUAAUAAUGCUCUUUCAAAAUGAAGCCGACAAAACCACAAGGAUUCUGCACGUGGAACCACACAAAGACAAUCCCGAAAUGCCAUGUUUAAAUGAACAUUGUAUAUUCGCCUCAAAUGAUAUAUUAAAUUCAAUUGAUCGCUCAGUUAAUCCAUGUGAAGAUUUCUAUGGUUUUUCAUGUAAUCAAUGGAUUAAAAAUAAUCCCAUACCAGAUGGUAAAUCAUCCUGGGGUACAUUUAGCAAUAUCGAGCAAAGAAAUCAAUUGAUUAUCAAAAAUAUCUUGGAGAAACCCAUGAAAACUUUCGAAUCGGAAGCGGAGAAAAAGGCAAAGAUCUAUUAUGAAUCUUGUCUGGAUCGAAACGAUGAUUUGGAGAAACUUGGUGCUAAGCCUAUGGUAGAUUUCCUAUGGAAAAUUGGAGGCUGGAAUGUUACCCACACCGGGUUUAAUAUUGGAAAAUGGAGUUUGGCUAAUACACUAAAGAAAUUACAGAAUAGAUAUAAUAUCAAUUGUUUAUUCGGUUGGGCCAUAGGAGAAGAUGAUAAAAACUCCACACGACAUAUUAUUCAAAUUGAUCAAGGUGGCCUUACACUACCUACACCAGAAUACUAUGAAAAUCGUACAGAGAUACAUCGUAAGGUCCUCAAAGAAUACAUUGAAUAUAUGACAAAGGUGUGUGUUCUCUUGGGGGCUAAUGAAACUGAUGCUCGUCGGCAAAUGGAAGAGAUAAUGAAUUUUGAAACUAAAAUUGCUAAUAUAACCAUUCCCCUGGAAGAGCGACGUAAUGAAGAGGCCAUGUAUCAUCCUAUGAAAUUGUCAGAGUUAGAUGCAAUGGCACCUUUUAUAAAUUGGACUGAACAUUUAGAUUAUGCCAUGCAAUUGGUCAAUCGUCGAAUAACACAAAAAGAAGUGGUGGUAGUCUAUGCUCCAGAAUUCCUUAAGAAAUUAUCGGUUAUAAUAAUGGAUAUGCAAAAGACGGUGGAGGGCAGAAAUACUUUGAAUAACUAUUUGGUUUGGCAAGCGGUGAGAGUACUCUCUCCUUGUCUCUCACGCUCCUUCCGUGAUGCUUACAAAGGUGUGCGAAAAGCUUUAAUGGGUUCAGAUGGCGGCGAGGAGGUGUGGCGUUUUUGUGUAGCUGAUACUGGAAAUGUUGUCGGCUUUGCCGUGGGUGCCAUAUUCGUACGUCAAGCUUUUCAUGGCGACUCUAAACCCGAAGCCGAACAAAUGAUUAAUGAGAUAAGAGAAGCUUUUAAGCAUAACAUACACAACCUUACUUGGAUGGAUAAAACAACCCGCGCCAAAGCCAUAGAUAAAGCUGAUGCUAUUUCAGAUAUGAUCGGUUUCCCUGAUUAUAUAUUAAAUGUAGAAGAACUUGAUAAGAAAUAUGCCGAUCUAAAUGUUACGGCUAAUGCUUAUUUCGAAAAUAAUAUACAAUCCAAUAUGUUCAAUUUAAAAAAGAAUUUGGAAAAAUUAGAUCAACCUGUUAAUAAAACUAAUUGGGGCAUGGUGCCACACAUGGUAAAUGCCUACUAUACACCUUCCAAAAAUCAAAUUGUCUUCCCCGCCGGUAUACUGCAAUCACCCUUCUUCGAUAUACAUAAUCCUAAAAGUUUAAACUUUGGUGCUAUGGGCGUGGUUAUGGGCCAUGAGCUAACACACGCCUUCGAUGAUCAGGGAAGAGAGUUUGAUAAAUUUGGCAAUAUUAAUCGUUGGUGGGAUAAUAAAAGUAUUGAACGUUUCAAUGAUAAAACCGAAUGUUUUGCCAAACAAUAUGGUUCCUAUGUUAUAAACGGCAGACAUUUGAAUGGCAAACAAACGUUGGGAGAAAAUAUUGCCGAUAAUGGUGGUUUAAAGGCUGCAUAUCAUGCUUUCCUAAAGACAAAACUGGAUAAGGAGGCAGAUGUUUUAAAACUGCCCGGUUUAAAUUUAACGCAUAAACAGUUAUUUUUUGUUUCGUUUGCCAGGGUCUGGUGCUCCACCGAUACCGAUGAAACCACAGUAUUACAGUUAGAAAAAGAUACACAUUCACCAUCACGUUUGCGAGUCGCUGGUACGCUCUCAAAUAUGCCCGAAUUUGCCGAAGUAUUCCAAUGUAAAGUUGGUUCCAAAAUGAAUCCCGAAAAGAAAUGUGAAGUAUGGUAAAAAGUUUUUGAAGUUUUCAUUUGUUAGUUUUAACAAUUUUUGUUUGUUGAAGCGAAAGUUAAGGAAAUUUUACGAAAGUAUAUGUUUUUAAAGAAAAUAGUAACGGAAUUUUUAAAAAAAAAACCCAAAAGUAAACUAUGAACGUAGUAGAAAAACCAAAAAAAGUAACAAAUAUUUAAAA